AUGGCAUCGUCAACUAAAACACAUUAUUUUGAAACGUCUGCUAAUGAAAUUAGAGUCGAUGAAUUUUUGAAAAAAAUGUUAGAAAAUGGAGAGUUGACCUAUUAUCGUUACAUCGGCAUACCCAAUAGCUUGUGGUAUGGUGAAAGACAGGAAUAUGGUAUAAGAAAGACUACGGUGACAUGGAGUUUGAAACUGUGUGGGGUUGUACAAUUUAAGGAACGGGUCAGCCCUAGAACGGUACGUCAGAUGUUCGUCAGCGAACGUAUUUAUUUGUCAGCAUUGCUUACCGUGAGAAGACCCAUUGUAUUAAUAUUGAUGCGGUUGUGGGUGCUUUGCGGAUGUUACGGUCUACAUUACGGUGAAACAAAAUGGUCUAAUACACCAAUCGGUUUUGGUGGACGAAAAACGGAAAAUGAGGUACAUUAUAUGAAACCUUACAUUAAAGCAUUAAUACAUUAUAGAGAGUGUGAUAGAGAUGAUUUUUGUUACAAUAAUUUAAAUGGUGCAAGACAAAUAUGUAAAUAUAAACUUAUGUUAGAAAAGAAACUGCGAAAAACGAGUAUGCCCAUAUAG